AUGAAGGUUUCAACUCUAUCCCUCGCCGCUUUCUUUGCGGUUAGCUGUAUCGCCACUGAGGAGCUUACCUUGGAUAAGGUUGAGGCUGAUAUCAAGACUGAAAAUCUCCGAAACAACUUGUGGCACCUCCAGAGAAUUGCUAAGGAAAAUGGCGGAAAUCGUGCUUUCGGUCUGCCCGGCUACAAGGCCUCUCUAGACUUCGUCUACGAGCGUGCUGUUGCUCGAUUCGGAAAGCAUAUGGAUACCUGGAUCCAGCCAUUCAACCAUACCUUCGAGCAAACUCGCAAGCUCGAGGUUAAGGGACCUGACGGGAAGCCUGUCCAUGCCAUUACUCUAUUGUACAACCCCGCUACCCCACUUGAGGGUGUCACUGCUCCGUUGUUGAACACACCAGUUGACGAUACUCUCGGUUCCAUGUGUCUUCCCGAACAAUGGACUGGUGUCGACGCUACCGGAAAGCUAGUUCUCAUCAAGCGUGGUGUCUGUGCUAUUGCUGAUAAGCUCAAGCUUGCAAGGAAGGCCGGCGCCCUCGGUGUCGUUAUGUACCACAACAUUCCUGGAACCGACUACGGCAGCGCUACUCUCUCUGCUGCUAACAUUGGCCAGCUCGUCCCCGUCGGCCUCAUCCCUCUCGAAAUCGGUAGCGCCUGGGCCGCCCGCCUCGUUGCCGGUGAAAAGCUCUCCGCUCAUCUCCUCGUCGACAGCGUUUUCGAGACCCGUGAGACCUGGAACUUGAUCUCCGAGACCAAGGAGGGUGACCCAAACAACGUCGUCAUGCUCGGUGCCCAUCUUGAUGGUGUCCAAGCCGGUCCCGGUAUCAACGAUGACGGAUCCGGUUCCAGCGCUCUCCUUGAGAUCAUGGGUUCUUUCAAGAAGUACAAGGGCUUCAAGAACAAGGUCCGUUUCGCCUGGUGGGGAGCUGAGGAAUCCGGUCUCGUCGGCAGCUUGUACUACACCAAGAACCUACCCGAAGAGGAAGCGGACAAGGUCCGAUUCUACUUCAACUACGAUAUGAUUGGUUCCCCAUUCCCAUUCUUCCGCGUCUACCAGGGCCAGAACCCCGGUGAUGCCCUUGGAGCUGCACCAUUGUACGAGUACCUCAGCGAGACCGCCGGAAAGCCAGCUGAGCUCGCUCCAUUCGGCACUUCAUCCGACUACGUCGGUUUCCUUAACAUCGGUGUUCCAAGCUCUGGAUUGUUCACCGGAGCUGGUGCACCAACUGACCCAUGCUACCAUCUCAAGUGCGAUACCUUGGAGAACAUUGACUGGUCCGCACUUACUGCCAACGCAAAGGCUGCUGCCCGUGCUGCAGCUAAGUUCGCCUUGAGCUUGGAGGGUGUUCCACCAAGAAAUAAGACCACUGUGAAUGUUAGAGGACGUGCUGCUCUACUCGGUCAGUUCCAGAGAUGGGCUAAGAUUGAGGAUGAGGCAGAGCACAACCACAGCUGCGCGCACAAGCAUCAGAAUGUGGUUUAG